AUGAACUGCGUCACCAUCAAAGGCCUGGGAUUCCGGCGAGGCAGCUACCAGUGCCAGUGCAAGGACGGCUUCUACUUCCCCGACACGACAGCCUCCGUCAAGUACUUCAACGGGUCUCUCAUUGAAGAGGAGUACGAGAAGAAAAUGCUGGGAUUGGCUUCUCGCUACGAGCUCCCGGGCCAGUUCGAGUGCCUCCCUUGCGCCGAGGGCUGCGAGAGGUGCGAGGACGACAGCCCGUGCGUGGUGUCUCUCAACUGGAUGAUGAGGACGGGGAUCCUCACUCUCGCCAUCAUCAUCAUCUGCAGUCUCCCGGUCAUCGUGGUCUUCACGUGGAAGUAUGGCAAUAUUAAGCGAUGA